UCAGCGGACGCGGAAGUGAAAGGAGCACUCGCUCAACAACAACAACAGUCGGAGGGUGGACGCGUUUCCCCGUCGUCUGAAGAAGAGGAAGACGAAGAAGAGGAGGAAGGAGAAGAAGGAGGAGGAGAAGAAGAGGUAGUCAUGGCUCUCCCGGCGCAGCUGCGAGCCAUCCAGCACCACCUGCGGACCGCGGCGGAGCACGAGCAGCGGGACCCGGUGGUGGCGUAUUACUGCCGACUCUACGCCAUGCAGACCGGCAUGAGGCUGGACAGUAAGACCCCAGAGUGCCGGAAGUUCCUGGUGAAGCUGAUGGACCAGCUGGAGACGAUGAAGAAGGAGCUGGGCGACAACGACUCCAUCGGCCAGGAGGUGGUGGGCAACGCCCACAUCGAGAACUACGCCCUGAAGAUGUUCCUCUACGCCGACACCGAGGACCGGCAGGGCCGCUUCCACAAGAACAUGAUCAAGUCUUUCUACUCAGCCAGUCUGCUGCUGGACGUCCUCUCUGUGUUCGGGGAACUGUCAGAGGAGAACAUCCAGCACAGGAAGUACGCGCGCUGGAAGGCCACCUACAUCCACACCUGUCUGAAGAACGGAGAGACGCCCGAGGCCGGCCCCACCGGCAUGGACGCAGACGAGUAUGGAGCGGGGGGGUUCUCCCACGGGGUGUCCUUCAGAGGGGGGCCUCCUUCAGGGUCCUUCGAGGACCAGGACCCGGGUCUGGGUCCGGGUGCUGGACCAGGGAUCGGCUUCAGUCCAGGACCGGGACCAUCUGGUCCCCCCCCCACUACCAACUUUAAUAACAUCCAGAUCCCACCGGGGGCCCACGCACCGGCCAACACGCCGGCCGAGCUGCCGCUGCCCUCAGAACCAGUGAAACCAGUUCCUGUUCCCAGAUCAGUUCCUGUGGACCCCACACUGCUGAACGCCCAGCAGCAGGGCGACGUCCAUCUCACUCCGGAGGACUUCACCAAGGCCCAGAAGCUCUGCAAGUACGCGUGCAGCGCGCUGCAGUACGAGGACGUGGGCACGGCGGUGCAGAACCUGCAGAGGGCGCUGAGGCUGCUGAGCACGGGCACCGAGUGACACACACACACACAGUCACACACACACAGUCACACACACACAGUCACACAGACACACACACAGUCACACACACACACAGUCACACAGACACAGUCACACAGACACACACACACAGUCACACAGUCACACACACACAGUCACACACACACACACUCUCAAACACACAGUCACACACACACAGACACACACACAGUCACACACACACAGACACACACACUCAUGAUGGCGAUCCGUCGGUAACAAUGGCCGCCUGUGUGGGAGCGACCCCGAGAUCAAAGCCACUCAUUAAAACCUUUUGUUUUCUGUUUUAAACAAUCAAAUAUCAAAAGUUUGACAAAUGUAACAUGAGUCCGUCUCUUGGCCCUCAGGUGGCCGUUAGCUUAGCUUAGCAUAAAGACAGGAAGUAGUAUUAUCAGCCAGCAGGUUUUUUUUCUUCUCUUCUCCGAUCAGUUCAGGUUCAAAAGACUCGAUGUGAGUCGCUGACAGACGCCGGCUAACGCUUUCUGGCUAACUGUUUCAAGCUAACGCUAUCCGGCUCAUGAUUUCCGGCUCACGUUUUCCAGCUAACGGUUUCCCCUUGCUUCCACUCUUGAUGCUAAGCUAAUGGUAACUGUCCAGGUUGUGAUGUGUAAGUUAGCGUGUCUAGAGGUCGCCGUGGGGUCGGGGGUUCGAUGCUGACCGGACGCGCUGUGGCUUUAAUGUUCCGGAGAAGUAAAAUAACUCGACGCUCCUCCGCCACUAACUUUAUUACUUCCUCCUGUGAUCCCGCCAGAAUAAAACGCUGUCUUAGUGUGGCUGGUCAGCCGUGUGGCGUGUAAAGGGCGCGUUUAGCUGACAUGCUACGUGAGGAGCUAACGAAGGUGUCUCCGUUUGAAUUUAACUCUAAUUUAAUUUUUUGCUGUUUUACACGAUAAAAAGUUGAAGGAAGCCAAAGCGCCUGUUUGUUGAUUCUGUGUGAGAGCGGCGGCCAUCUUGUUUUUUAUGGGGGUUUUAUUAUUUAACGUUUCUCAGUUUGAAUAAAAUAUUUGAAAUGAUGCUCAAA